CAGUACAUAUUAAGGAUUUAAUAUUUUAUUUUAGUAAUGUUACUGUUAACUACACAUUGUAUAUAUAAGAACCUCCUGACAAAACAGCAAGACCGGCAAAAUGUCAAUUAUAUCCUACAAAAAGGCCAGGAAAGGAUAAUAGUAGCUGUCAGAGAAAGCACACAUGAUGGACCCUGUGAAGCCUGCCUUAGGUAUGAUGAUUUAAGUAUAGAUUACAUUUUGCAGAGUUCUAUUGGUAUCUUCAUUGUGAUUCAUAUAAGAAUUUAUUUUUAGACUGCACCAAACAAGUCAAUAUAUAAACUCUUGAUGCUUUUUUCAGAAAUACUUAAAAAAUCAUUUUGAUGUUUUUCCUAGUACUUGUUUAAUAAAACUCAUAAAAUUAAAAUAAUUCAUCAAUAGAAAUAAAUAUAAGGUAGGAAUUAUACAUUCACAAUAACGCGCCUUUAUGACACAAUUGCUGUUAUGCUCCACUGGCUUUGCGACAACCCUGCAGCCAGGAGGAGGUCCGCUAACCGCUUUGAGGCCUAGGGGCCUGGCGCACUGCGAACCCAACUCUUGGGCGGUAGCCUCGGGCAGAGAUGGGCCCACAAACUUGGAGGGACCGCAGGAUUCCGGCGAGGCCGCCUCCCCCGCCCCUCCUCAAGUCCCAGCGCUAUCGGACGCGUCUCUCGUUGCCCGGACUCGAUACCAGGCUGUCGCCUCCGCCGCUGCAUGGAGCAGGGUGGAGUCCCGCCCCUCCAUAUGAUUGACAGGCAGUUGCAUCCAAUGGCAGACGCUGUCGGCCCCGGCGGGCUGGGCAAGGGCCGCGGCUCGCGGAGGAAUCUCUCUUGCCCUUUAGUCCCAGACAAGGUGUUGCGGCCGGCGCCAUUUUCUCGAGCCGCCUUGUCUCGGGUGCCGCCAUGUUGGUGAGGAGAAAUCACCGUUACGGCUACUGUCCAAAUCCCCGCGUCGCCGCCCGCCGCCCGCCCGCCCGCUCCCACGCCUCAGCCACCGGCGGCGAAUAGAGACUAAAGCGGCAGCGCCGGGCCGUUGCCCAGUGUUUGCAGUUAGAGCCCCAUCUCUCUGGCGUGGUUGUUAAUAGACUGGAAAGUCUGUGUCUGUGUCGCUCACUAGUAACCGUGAGUUUUUACCACCUCGUCACCUGCCGGCGGCGGCCGGGAGCAGGAGCCCGCAGGCGGCGCAGGGGGCCUCCUCCCCGCGCCCCGCCGCCGCCAGCGCCGCCGCCGCGGGCUCCAGACCUGCCCUCCAGCCCCGCCCCGUUCUUGACCAAACAUGACAGACUCUGAACAUGCAGGGCACGACAGAGAAGAUGGUGAAUUAGAAGAUGGUGAAAUAGAUGAUGCAGGAUUUGAAGAAACACAAGAACAGCAAACAAAAGAGGAUGAAAAGCAUAAAACUGAGAAAACCUACAGAAAAUCAAGAAAAAAACACAAGAAAGAAAGAGAGAAGAAAAAAUCCAAAAGGAGGAAACGUGAGAAACAUAAGCAUAAUUCCCCAUCGAGUGACGACAGUUCAGACUACAGCCUUGAUUCAGAUGUUGAACAUACAGAAAGUUCCCAUAAGAAAAGAACUGGUUUCUACAGGGAUUAUGACAUUCCAUUUUCUCAGCAUGGACAUAUAUCAGGAAACUACAUGACAUCAAAGAAGGGUCAACAUAACAAAAAAUUUAAAAGUAAAGAAUAUGAUGAGUAUAGUACCUACAGUGAUGAUAACUUCGGUAACUACAGUGAUGAGAACUUUGGUAACUAUGGUCAUGAGACAGAGGAAGAUUUUGCCAAUCACCUGAAACAUUACAGGCAAGCUAAAGAAACCUCAAAUAGUUCUUUAGGGUCAUCAUUUUCUAAAGAAUCAGGGAAAAAACAGAGAAUAAAAGGAAUUCAGCAAGCUACUGAACAGAGGGUUAAAAGUUUUAAUAUUGGUCGUGGACGUGGUUUGCCGAAGAAAAUCAAACGAAAAGACCGCGGAGGAAGAAUCAAUAAAGGCCCAGUUUUUUCGGGAACGGAUGAUUUUCAAGAGUAUAGUAAACCGGGGAAAAAAUGGAAGGUUAUGACUCAGGAAUUUAUUAAUCAGCACACAGUGGAACACAAAGGAAAACAAAUUUGUAAAUACUUCCUGGAAGGGAGAUGUAUUAAGGGAGAUCAGUGUAAAUUUGAUCAUGAUGCAGAAUUGGAGAAAAGAAAAGAGAUCUGCAAAUUUUAUUUACAGGGAUAUUGUACCAAAGGAGAGAACUGCAUUUAUAUGCACAAUGAGUUUCCAUGUAAGUUCUAUCAUAGUGGCGCCAAGUGUUACCAAGGGGACAACUGUAAAUUUUCCCAUGAUGAUCUGACUAAAGAAACAAAGAAACUUUUGGAGAAAGUGUUGAAUGCUGAUGAAGAGCUUAUCAAUGAAGAUGAAAGAGAACUGGAAGAACUUAGGAAGUGCGGCAUAACUCCUCUUCCCAAACCACCUCCAGGGGUUGGGCUCCUGCCGACCCCUCCCGAACAUUUUCCCUUUUCUGAUCCCGAAGAUGAUUUUCAGACAGAUCUCUCUGAUGAUUUCAAGAAAAUUCCAUCUCUUUUUGAAAUAGUUGUAAAACCUACUGUGGAUUUAGCACAUAAAAUUGGGAAGAAACCACCAGCAUUUUAUAACAGUGCCUCACCACCAGGACCACAAUUUCAGGGAAGCAGCCCACGUCCUCAGCAUAUAUAUAGUUCUGGGUCAAGUCCAGGUUCUGGACCUAAUGUAUCUCAGGGGUGCAGUAGUCCUGUGAUGCAUCCAGGCUCCCCUGGACAUCACCCAGGUGCAGGACCUCCUGGUCUACCAAUGCCACCAAGCCCUCCUUUGCCGCCUGGUCCACCCGAAAUGACAGGCCCUCACAAUCAAGCUGGAGGACUUGUUCUGCAGGAUGUACCUAUGACACCACCGUGCAUGGGUGGGGCCUACCCCUCCCUGGGCUUUCCAGGACAUGUGAUGAAAGCACCCAGAGAGAAUCACUGCUCUCCAGGUUCAUCGUACCAGCAAAUUCCUGGUGAAAUGCACCUCAACACCAGUUAUGAGUCCCUGCAUGAUCCAGUGGAAUUUUAUGAUAAUUACUAUUCACAACCUGCUAUACAUAAUUUUCAGCCACCUAGUAACUCAGAUGAGGGGCUGUGGCACGGGGAGUAUGUCGAGCAGCAGCCCCUCACUGUGCAAGACUCACCUCACCUGGGCAACGGGCCGGACACCAGUGGCAGUAUGACAGACCACAGCCCCCUGCCAGCCCCAGGCCUCCUUCCUGCAGUGCAGAGAGCUCUUUUCAUCCGACUGACUCAGAAAUACCAAGAAGAAGAAUCAACCAGCACCCAACCUCGCAGGGCAUCAAGCAAGGAAGAAGACGAUGCAGUUAACUGGUAUUCCAGUAGUGAAGAGGAAGAAGGAAGCAGUGUCAAAUCAAUACUGAAAACAUUACAGAGACAGACAGAAACUUUAAGGAAUCAGCAGCAGCCUUCCACAGAACUCAGCAUUCCUACAGACCCGAGACUUGCUAAAGAGAAAAUGAAAGGAAAUCAAGUGGCUGAUCCUAGACUUAGGACUAUCUCCAGGCAAGACAGUAGAAGACCUUCUGAGUCCGUCCCGGUGGAUCUUAGGCUUGUGUGGGAUCCCAGGAAAGUACGAGGGAAUGGAAGUGGUCAUGGAGGCUCUUCUGUUGGUGGAACAAAGUUUGAUUUGCAUCAUGCAAAUACCAGCCCUAAUAUCAAACACAAACGAGGAGAUGAUGACGAUGAAGAUACAGAAAGAGAGCUGAGAGAAAAGGCUUUCUUAAUACCUUUGGAUUCUCCACCUGGUAUAAUGCUCCAGGACCCAAGGUCGCAGUUGAGACAGUUCAGUCAUAUUAAGAUGGACAUUAUCCUAACCAAACCCAACUUUGCAAAACACAUUGUGUGGGCUCCAGAAGACUUACUUCCAGUACCCUUACCUAAACCGGAUCCAGUAUCUUCAAUCAAUUUACCUCUGCCCCCUCUUAUAGCUGACCAGAGGCUCAAUAGGUUAUGGAAUACAAAAAGUGAUCUUCACCAAAACACAGCUUCCAUUGAUUCAAAAUUAGCAGCCAAAGCCAAAAUUAAUCCACCCAACAGAGAAGGCUACUUAGAUCAAUUUGGAGACUUACAUAGUUCAGGAAGUAAAUUAGGAGAUCCUAGGCUGCAAAAGAAUUUUGAUCCUAGGCUUCACAGACUGCCUAAUGUAGAGUCUCAUCAAGUAGUUACCAAGGAGUCACAUACGUCAAAGAGUGCCCCGCAUUUAGCCAAAUCAAGCACUGCUGCUUUGCAACCCCCAGGGGUAAUAAGUAGCAAUGCGGGUUCUGGGACUCUGCCUCCAUAUGCCCCUAAAUUCUCAUCUUCAGCUGGCCUUCCACUGGGAACUCCAAGUACAGUUCUUAGUGGUAUUAGUUUGUAUGACCCCAGGGAACAGCGUUCAUCCUCUACAUCAGACUUAGCAGCAGUUUCCUUAGGAGAAAAUACAGAGAGCCAGAAGAAAUGUGGUAGUUUAAAAAGCAGUGAUAAAAAUGAGCCUUCUCCUGGAGAAGCAGUCCUACCACAGAAAACCACUCCCAGCAUGGAGGUCCCUGCCGACGUGCCUGCUGACACACAGGCAGAUGCUCUCCGAGGUUCCGGGAAGGCGCAGGUCCCGGCAGUCCACAGUCUUCCAAUCCAGGCCUUAACAGGCUUAAUCAGACCCCAGUACAGUGAUUCACGGCAGACUAGGCAGCCAGGCCAGGCGAGCCCGACUCCAGAGAAUGACCCCAGUAGAGAGACAGAUGACAAAUCUCUUAAAGAGGUUUUUAAAACUUUUGAUCCAACUGCUUCACCAUUUUGUUAGCUGUUAUGUAAUUAAGCAGUUCUUUUCUCUCUUGUGACUGUUGCAGUCCUCUGCUGUUUUGUAACUGGUUUACCUCUAUAGUUUAUUUAUUUUUAAAUUAUAAACACUUUCCAGCUGCUAGUAUCAGAACCACAUGAAGUUAUAUCCUGUAAAGUCUGUGGUAUUUUAUAUAAUAUUUUUAUAACUUUGAGACUGUAGUAAUUGACAUAGAAACGUAUAUAUCAUGUUAGCAUCUGUAAAGGUACUUUUAUUGUAAAUAAAUCAUCAUGAACUCAACACUCUGCCUGAAUACACCCCAGUUGUCAUUCAUAAAUGUUUAGAUAAACAGUUACCACUUUUAUGUGGUGGUUUAGUUUCAAGCAAUAUGAUAUACAUUACUUCUGAGGAACAGUAUUUCAACUAGGACCCUCUCUCUUUGUCAGCACAGAACUGAGUAGUCUAAAGCCAGAGUCUAAAAUAUAAAAUGAAGUUCAGAAACCAUUUUGAAAUCACAAUUAGCAGAGCAGUUCAUGUUUAAGGGCAUCACUUUUAUUGGUAUUGACAAAAUUAUUUGUGUAAAUUAAGCAUUUGAAUGUUAAAUCUUUUAAAAGUAUUUUACUGUAUACUGUAUCAUAGAAGUUGGAGGUAUAUAAAUAGAAUGAUUUGCUAAAAUGAAAAUUUCCCAGUUUCUCUAAUGUAAUGUUUUAAAUUUUUAGUUUUUCCUAAUAGUUAUGAGUUACUGCUGUAUUACACUGUGAUGUUUAUGUAUUUCAGUGUUUUUGUCUUUAGCAGCAUAAUUUAUAUUACUUUUUCAAAUGACAUAGCUGCGAUAAUUGUGUUCAUCAUGACUUUGGCAAUUUUUUACAAACUUUUAGAAGAUCAGUGAAUCUGUAUUGAUUAUUACAUUGAUAAUGUUGUAAAUGUCUAGGUUCUAUAUUUUUUCUUAACUAGCAAGAAAACACAGAGAUUGUAGGUACAGUCAAUUGUAUGGCUACCAAUAAAGAAUCUCUUUCAGAUCUCACCUGACUAGUGUUCUAUAAUAGAGGGAAUUACUGGUAUUUUAAAUAUUUAAUGUCCUCCUCUUUUGGAAACCUAAAUUGAUUAGAACUUGCAUUUUAUGAAAAAUAACUUGUACCCAUUUAUUUAUUGCAGUAUAAAAUAGUGGCAGCUCUUUGUUUUUAUAUAUAUAUAUAUAUAAUUUACGACUGAAUGUAUUACUCUAAUACACAUAUCUUAAACUGCAGGUGUAUGCAGGUAUAUUUUCUAUAAGUAACUUGGAAAGGAACGUUUCUUUACAAAGUAGGUAUUAAAAUCAGACCUUGGAUAGAACCAUCUACCCAUGAGAAGUGAUUUUAAAAAUAUACAGUAAAAUAUUUUUGCUUCUAUUUGUUGCUUAAAAUGGCUAAAGGCUACAUUUUGGGGUUAAUUAUAUAUUAUAUAUUAAAUAUAUAUAUAUAUAUAUCCACCAAACUACUUUCUGAUUUAUUGCUCAAAUGAAUUUUAAUGUUAACAAGAAAAGUCAACAGAAUAGCUAAAACUGACAGAUAAAAAUGUAUUCCAAAGUAGUAUAAUUUACUUCUAUUAGGAUAGAAGUCAGUGAAAUUGUUGAAUUUUAGGAAAUUGUAAAUGUUAGCAAAUAUUUAGUUUAUUCAUGUAUUUCAUUAUUGUGUUUGGUAAUACUGUUUACAUUUCAAAAAUAAUACAGAAAAGAUAAUUUGGCUUGUUAAAGACCAAAAUAUAAUCCAGACUUUUAGCAGAAGUUCAUUUUUUUUACUAAAAGAAAUGUAAAACUAUGAAUUAAAACAUAAGGUUUAAAACUCACAAAGGAAAAUUACUUAAUGUUCAUUUAUUCAGUAUUCUUGGUCUCUGUUAUGUCAACUAAUAUCAUAGUGGCCAUCUUAUAAGAAAGUUUGAAUUUAGUUUCAAAUUUGAUAAUGUAUUUUAUGUAAAAGUUAUUUGUUUAAAAUAAUGUUUGCUCUUUAUCAUAUAGUUUUUUAUUGACAUUAGCUUAGGAGACAGCUGUCAGAAUCUGUCAACAUAGAUUAAUACUCUUUUUUCCUAUUUCCUCACAAAAAUUAACAAAUAGCUAUUUAUUUUUCUUAAAGGUAGGUUGAUGUUUUUUAGAAUCCAUGGAAUUAGAUUUGCAUUACUACACAGAAAAGUGUCCUUAUUCUUGGGAGCUACAGAUUUAGAGGUAGAAGAAAUACUUGUUUCUUAACGAGAAUCUGAGUGGUCUUAUCAAUUAAGAUGCCUCUUAACUAUUCAGAGUUGACUAUGAUGUUGAAUAGAGUGGGAUAUAUCAUGGUAUUGAAUUGGAGUACCCAAAGAUCAUAAUAAUUUAGACAUAUAACUGCUUUCCAUUAUCGUCAUUAGGACUAUGUUCUGAAUCUUGUAAACAAAUCAGGUGUUGGAGUGGCAUUACCCUUUGACUAAGCAAUUAGAUCUAGUUCUGUGUGGAUUCUGUUUUUUCUGAGCCAGAGGCUCCGAACCCCAGAAUUAGGCUUCAGUCAAAGCAGCCUAAGUAUGAAGAUAAUAUUUGCUUAAAUUCAUAUUCUUAUUCUGAGUUGAUUUCUACAUAGUUUAUCUUGAUUUCUACUUUCUUAUCUAGAAAGAUAGAUAAGCGAGAUAAUUCUGAUUGAUCAUAGGUUUGAUGUAGGGAGGGAAUGAAUUAUUGUAAAGUAUUUGUAAAUAUAAACUUGUUUUAUAACUUUACAAACAUUGUCAUCAUGUUCCCAUCGGCAUGUAUUAGUUCAAUGUACAUGUACAAAUUCAAAAAUGACAUGAUCCAGUGUGUGGUCUACCAAUAUAUGAAGUUUCAGAAGAUGUGCACUGAAGUCACAAUAAAGUUGCCUGAGAAAUUGUUUCGGAAAA